AUGUUCUUUAAUGCUCUCAUCAUCUUCUCUUAUGAGCUUGUCCUUCCGGAAGGGGAGCUUUCGCAGGGUGACCGGCAAGGCUUGGACGACUCGAGUUUCACUUCCUCGUGGAUCCAGCUUGGCGAUUUUGAGGGCAUCAGCGUUUCCAAGCAACUGGCGAAGAUGGUAUCAUCUUGGAAGAAGCCCAGCCAGCAGACGCUUUUCCUGCCAACAGCAGACCGUUUAGGGCAUCUUAUUCCUGACGAUCUGGCUGUGCAGAAGAUUCCUGGCAUUGGCUUUUCUUCCACCCAGAAACUUCAAGAGGAGGGCAUUAAGACGACUGGUGAGAUUUUGGCCGCCCUUGAUUCACAGGGACAGGAUUACAAAAGGCUCCUUACGCAGUUCGAUGCGGGGUCGCUGGGCACCAUGAGAGCCCUUUGCCUGGGCAUGGACGCGUCAGCCGUGAAGUCAUCUGGUGCGCCGAAGACUUGCUCUGUGCAAGACUCUUUCUGGCAGAAUCCCGUGCGAACAGAUACCCAGGUCAAAGAAAACCUCCUGGCUCUUGCGCAGAAGCUUCUCACAAAAGUCCGGAGUGAUGAACGCAUGUAUGGCUACCGGCCGAUCCCAACCUUCUCCCUGAGCCUUCUGCAUGCGCCAAGCUCCGAGGCCUCUGCAGCGCGCAGAGGCCGGAAGCAGAUGCAGCUCGGGGGUUUUCAGAUUGCUCGUAGAGUCGAGGAGCAAGCUGACGACGAGCGGCUGCAAGGUCAGAUUGCAGAUCGGGCUUUUGCUUUAUUCCGCAAACUGGUGCCGCCUCAGGAGCCGUUUGUUUUGCACAUCCUGAACCUGCAGGUAGGCUUCGGGGAGGCACUUGGCACGCAGCGCCGCCUCAGCUUCAACGCAUCGCAAGCGCCGGCACUCCCCUCAGCGGCACCCAUAGAGGGCAUCGAGCUCUCAGACAGUGGGGAGGAGACCGUGGGUCUCAGCACCAAACCUGAAGAUGCUGACGUGAGCGCCGUGGGCAGCGACGAUUUGGCAUCCCUGACCGCCAUGGGUUUUGCGGAGGGCCUUGCCCGGCAAGCGCUUGCGGAGUGCGGGGAUGUGCCACGAGCUGUGGAGAAGCUACUUGCUAGGCCAACCCCGCAUUCCCCAAGCGAAUGUCGGGCUGAGAAGAGGCGGAGGUUGAAGUGCUCAGUCGGUGCAGACGCCAGUGCUGCAGUCGUUGAUCUGCUAGACUAG